UGAGUUAGUUCGCUAAAUCGCCAUCCCCUCUCUUCUCUGGGCACUGCUUCGCAGGCCGGAUCGGAUACUGACGGACCCAACCAAUAAAUCUCACAACUGCUCAGUGCAGCGACCAACAUGAUCUGCCGCAUGUCGCAGGACUGGGAAAUUGGUACUCCAAUAAAGCUCGUGGGCCAGGCAGCCGAGCUACUCGAAUCAGAACUAUACGCCACGCAGUAUCGCCGGGUCAAACCGUGGCCCUACUACAAUCCCUGCUCUCUCAUCCACACAUACCACCGGUUCACAAGCAGAGAGAUCAAUUGUUACUUCUUCCUUGUUCCAUCGAUCGACAUGCAUCUUAACUGUGACCCCUUCCGACUUCACACGCAGUCCCCGAGGGUUGCCGUCUCCCAAGCCGGAUGUCUUUAUCCAGAGCUGUUUUCGAGAAAUGGGGCGAGAAUCACCUGAGUCUUUGGGGUACGAACGAUGUAGAAUGGGCCAGAGAGAAGAAUAAGAGGGGAGAGGAGGUUGGCGGAAAGUGGGCUCAUUCUCUGGGAAGGACGGAA